GGGUACCCUGCCCGUACCCAAUUUGCUCUGCCUCUCCCUUCAACACCACCUGGACCUGCUGCACCUGCUGCACCUGCUGCACCUCACGACCACCUGCAGUUCGCUCUCUCUCACCAUGAGAUGAUUGCCCGUCUGCACCUCUCAUCGCGUCAGAUCGCCGAGUCCAACCGGCCAGCAGCGCUGUAGAAACAGCAGCACCCUCCAUCGCGAACUCGCCAUGAGGAACCAGCUACCUGACGGAAUAGCUGUAGAGAACGUCCAUCGCGGGCACACACGCAACGCUAAGCACUACCAUAAUCACAAUCACAACCACAACCACGCGCGGAAUCAGAUACACAAACGCUUGGAGGGAGGAGGAACAGCUGUAGAGCAGGCCACUGCCGUCACGACCAUCAUCGCUACGGUAUCUUAUAUCCAGCAAAUCGAUGUCGAUGCCAAUGGCAGCACCUAUGCCACACAGCAUAUCUUGACCAAUGCUCCUCCUGAUGCCUCCGGCGCUGCACCGGCGACGACGACGUCAAGCUCCCCCAAUGUAGCUUCCAGCUACAACUCUGGGCCAUCAUUAAUAUCCUCCAAUGCCUCGGCGCCUGAAUCACAGUCUUUACAAGCAGUUUCGAGCACAUCACUGUUCUCGACAUCCACUCCUUCAACAUCCCCUUCAGUAACUUCGACGAUACCCCCUAUUGGCACCUUUGCCUCAACUUCUGUUUCUAAUUCUACUACUUGUAAGUGAAAUAGGACUUGUGAGGAAUUGGCCUGAUCAAAUACUAAUGGAUCCUUAGCAACAUUAAUCUCGAGCUCUAGCAGUUCAGACUCAAGCACCCUGUCAAACUCGACCACUCUUUUGACGUCGUCCACUUCUUUUUCAUCACCUUCAUUCACAUUCAUUUCAACUUCUUCUUCUUCUUUGUCUUCUUCUCAAAAUUCUUUUACAUCAUCCUCAUCUUCUACAACUUCGAUACCGUCUUCAACCUCGCUCAGUUCGUCCUCAUCUGCGCAAACCACUUCAACUGCAGGGGGAGGAUCCGGCGAAACCCCAUCUGGAGCUUCUCCUUCGAGUACGGCAGGCGCCGAUAGUUCAUCAUCCGGUUCUUCAGGGCCGCCUACGUCGGUAGUCGUAGGUUCUGUCAUUGGUAGUGUUGCUGGAUUUGCUUUUAUCGUCUUGUUGAUAUUAGCGCUUGUCAAAUGGAGGAAACGUAAGAACAUGUUAUCUUUGGGUAAUGGUGGUAAUGAGGGAGCCGGAUCAACUGCACGGGAGCUACCUCCGACUCAGCCUGAACCGCCAACUGCAAUGACACAGAGAAAGUCAAUUGCAUUUGCGGUACCAUCUGCGUUGGCAGCCCUUACCGGAAUUAGCAAACGAGCUUCCCAGAGAACUGACAGGACAGCUUCGUCGACGGCUGGAAGUGAACGCGGUUUCUAUCGAGUGUCUGGAAGGAAACUACCUUCGGUGCUACAGACGGGUGGUGAUGGUUAUGGAGGGGGGAUUCCCGAAACAAAUACCAUGAGCAUGAGCGGAUCAUCCUUUUACCGGGACUCCACAGGCCAUUAUGGUGGGCCAGGUUCUAGUUUUGAACCCCCGGUACCCCCUGUUGGAAUUGGAACAGAUCGUGAUAGCGGGGUACCUGUAAUGCGACCAAGUCCCGCCCGUACGCCAGUUACAGAACAUGGACCAUUUGGCGUUUUGCCACCGCCACUACCUUCUCUAGAGCCGCCUCGACGACCUAGUCAGCCCGAUGGACUCGGUCGAUCGCAUCCAUCCCAAGAUGGCUCACACGCUUCGAGAUUUACCGAAGAAGUUUGAUUGAAAGAAGUUUUUGCGUCUCGAGAAGCCGUCUGUGCCUCGGGCUCAGGGAUUUCCGGAUAGUUGUAUUCAUGAUGAUGAAAUCUUCCUUCAGUUUCUGUAGAUAUCUUUUCGGAAUUUCGAGCAUUUUUGGGGCGAGAACCCCACUUGACUGGUCUUUGCUUUGGAUACCAGUGCAACUUUGCACUUUUGAGUGGCGUGUAACUAGCGUCAAUCUUCAAGGUCAGGGUUAGAGAGGCCCGAUACGAUUUGCUUUUUGAUGUUGCUUCAGCGAGGUCCUCUUGUUGAUAUUUCGGUCAUGAUGUUAUUUGGGGGGAUGGCUUUUUGAGGCAAGGGGCGAAUUUCCUCGCUUCGUCAUCAUUUGUAAAUGGGGUGUUGGGGGCGAGGACU